GUAAAAACCUAACGAUCAAAUAUUGUUGUCGCCGAAAACAAACUCUUUUUUAACGUUAAAUACAGAAAUUCAAUGUCACCGGCAUGAAGCCCAUAAAAAAUCAAAUGUUAUCACUUUGCAAACGGUAUUUUUUUAAAAAGAUAUUACUACGACCGAAUAGCUUCUAAUUUAUUCGUGGAAAAUAUUACACCAUGGGUUAUUUUGGCUAUAUUUCCUUAAAUAAGAAAGUAGAGUAGAAAAUAAAUUAGAGCCAGUGAGUCUGACUCUGAGUGAGCCAGUGUUGCUCAGCACACUACUGCUGGGCUGCUGGGUCUAACUAGACUGAGCAACUGCCUUAUUUGUAGUUUAUAGUAAUUUAUACUAAUGUACAAUUACAGGAAACCAAAUACUGUGAUUGCAGUUAUUGUCAUGAUUUGACUACAAAUACACUAUCACUAAUGCCAAUGCUACACAGUACACAGUCUAUAUCAGGGGGUCUCCAAACUUUUUUCACAGCAGGCAGAAUAACGUAAAAAAUGAAAAGCGUGGGCCAGAUAAUCAUUCUGUAAAGUAAACAAUACUUGCAAGCUCUGGGGAAUAAAGGCGAAAACUAAACUUAGUGUUUUAUGUUUAGCAUGGGUGAGUGGCGUGCAAUAUACAAAAAAAAAAAAACUUACAAAGACAACCAAGAUAUUUAUUUUCUAAAAAAUGUUAUCAAAUAAGGCUACGUAAGUGUAAGAAAAAGAUGGUUACAUCAGACCUAGUGAGCACAUAUUCAAAUAUCACAAACUAAGCAGCAAAAAUUUUUGAAACUGCCGUUAGGCUUUCAAGAUUUCAUCAAUGUUUAGUUUCGAAUUGCUGCAUGCAAUCAAGAGAAUUGUUUUCAAAUGUUUUUAAGUCACUCUCGUUCGAUAUCUUGGCUUCUCAUACUUCAUUAUUGAAAAUGCUUGCUCAGAGACAUAAGUUGUUCCAAACACUGAUGCCAUACCAGCAGCAAAGUUCUUCCGUUUCAGAAACUCGACAUUAGGUUUGCAGCUGUAAAGUUCAACAUGUUUUCCUUCUUUGUGGAUAAACAUACGUUUUAUCAAGCACAUUCAAGUACCAUCAGCAGGCUGGAAGUAAUGGUCCCGCGGGCCAGAUCCGGCUGCGGGACGUAGUUUGGAGACCCCUGGUCUAUAUUAUGACUGUGUUUAUACUUUCACUUUAAAAAUUAACUUACUGUGGCCUUGUGGGUUACUUGACUUAAACUUAAAGUAAGUUUAAGUCAAAUGACUAAUGUUUUAAUUUAAUGAAUCAUUCUUCUUAACCCUUGUGGGACACAGCUUUUUUGGACUGUCAGUGCUAAGAAGACUGAGCCCUCUUCACAAUCACAAGCCCUGCACUUACUUUGCAAAAUAAAUUAUAAAAAAUAAACUAAUUACUUUACUUUUACAAAAAUAAAACUAUAUAUUAUAUAACAUAUUAUUAUUAUAUUGAUGGCAAUUAAAUGAACUAAUUUGAUCUUUAGGAAUCAAACUGAAAUCUCAACAUUUAUCAUGCAAAUUAGUAUUAGAUAUAGGGAUUUGCAUAAUUUAUGCAUGCACAUUUUUUUAUACACUUAGAAUAAGUAUAAGCAUGCCUUACGUGCAGAAUGCUGUUAAAAUUUACCAGGUAUGAUUGUUGAAGCCUUAAUAAAUCCUAAAAAUACAAAUAGAAACAUACAUUUGAAUGAGGUUCAAUGUGAAAAAUUGCCUGAAGUGUUCACCUGGCGCUGCUUAUGCCUCUUUACCUUGGCAUAUCUCAAGGUCACAUAUUUCUAAAGCAUUUAUAGGGGGUCACUAGAUAAAAAAAAAUUGAUAUAAAAUGACAGAACACCGUAAACUGUCAAUAGUAUCCUCCAUUAAAAUGGCGAGAUGAGCAAGAAAUGUGAUUAUAUGGUAUGGAGAUCAGCCAGCCAAUAUCAAGGCAUUUAUUAUUGAGCAGAUGGAUCAGCCUUUUGUCUUUUUCGCCAUAACACUUAGUAACCUCAAAAGAGUCAGAAUACACAAAUCAGUCUGCAGUACCCAGCUAUAUCUUAAUUUCUUAAUAAUAUAAUCUUAAGUCUUAAACCUUAAAAUGUCUAAGUAACAUAUAUUAUAAUAAUGCUUAUUAAUUAUGAUGCCAUUACUAAUACUAAUGACUUAUCUCCUUGCCCCAAACUAUUUGUUUCUAUAAUUCAUUAAUGGUAAUUUGUAACAGCUUCUCAGUUAUUUUGAUUUAACGUGUUAAUUUAUUUUUUUUUAAAAAACAAAAAAACCUAGCUUGGGGGAUUUUCAAUAAUUUUUUUGCAGCAUGGCAUUUGGGAAACACUGAAAUAUGUCAUUAAAAUAUAACUGAUGAAGUUCACUGUCUCUUCAUCGGUAGGCACAGAGUACAGCCUCAGCCUUCCCCAUGUUUUCAAUAUAUCACUUUUGAAUAAAAACUGAUUUUUCAUUACAUUUUUUAAAAAGUGGUAAAUGCAAGCAAAAUGAAUAAGAAUUUCAUUAAUAAUUUAAGACCAUUUUCACUAUAUUUUGUUAAAUUAGAUCUUUCAUUCAGAGCUUGUGAAGUCUGUGACCCAAUUUUUUUUUUAGUUUAGAGUUAGAGACAUACAAAUAUCUAAUUUUUAAUCAGUUUUUUCCCUGAUUCUACAAAAAGUCACUCACGCAAAGUCUUCUUUUUAAAUAAUAUUAUUGGAAAUCGUUUUACAACUCUUUCUCCUUUCAGAAAAAUGCAGUGAAAAUAGUGCAUCACAACUGCAGCCAGGGCUGAUCCAGUUAAAAUUGCUAUGGCUUCAGCAUUUUCAGCUCUUCGGAAAACAGUUGUUUUUAUGGUUACUGGAGUUAGUACUUGUUAUUGCACACUAAGAUUUAUUUGUGGUCUAGGGAAGGUAAUCUUUUAUUCUCUUUGUAAAUAUUUGAAAUAAGAGAAGGGACUAGACAUUUCAUAGAAAAAUUAUUGAAAGGUUUUAAUAUAUAAUUUAAAAGCUGUCAUUUACUGGUAACAUGNACUGGCUUCUUUUUUUUUUUUUUUUGGGGUGGGGGGGGGGGGGGGGGGGGGGGGUUUGUUUGGUUGUGUGUGGUGUGUUUGUUGUUUUUCUUGGUGGGACUUCUUUGAAUGGAUGUGAGAUAUGGUUUAACACGAAUAUGGCACUUGCAGUGUCUUUGUCAAUACAGUAACAUGAUUUUGAGCUUUAAAAUGGGAGAAAGAGGUGAAUGUUUAGCAUCAGUUUGUCUUUUUUAGAAAGCAGCCAAAGCUGGUUGUUUAGUUUUAAUCAGUUUUAGUGGAGAUCUCACCGCAUUAUAGAAGAGAUAUAUAUUAUAGGCAUUAAAGGAGAUAUUGCAUUUGAAGGAAUGCAAUGAAAUGUUUUACUUUAAAAAAAGUAUUUUUUUUCCAUUGACUUGUUUCUGUAUAGGCAGAUUAGUCUACUCAAAUAUAAUAAUUUAUUUUGCUAUUAUUAGAAAUAUUUUAACCAUGGCUUCCUAUUCAGUCACUAACCAGAUAGGUUCUUUUUUAAAUGACCCACCUUAGCAAUAUAAAACCCAUGUGGAAUAUUGAUAUAGAACUUUCAUCUUGAAUUAAAAUGUAUUCUCUUGAAUCCACUACCUUUUAGGCUAAAAUGAUUCAUUUUUUUUUUGCCACAUGAAUGAUUAUCCUUUUAUAAAAAGUUACUUUAUAAACUCUUUAUAGAAUUGAUUCUGCUAUUUAUGUUGAAAUGAAAUGUACCCACUUUUGAUUUUAAAAAUGUUCCAGUGUGAAGAUGUUUCAAUGGAACCUGUGAUACAGCAUGGUGACUUGGUGCUUAUAUCUCCAUUUUAUGUUAAUCAUCAGUAUUUACAAAAGUAAGUAGACAUGAGACAUAUUUUUAAAAGUCUGUUUAAAAAAAUUUCAGUUGAAAAGACUGUAAAAAAAGUAAUAGCUUUGCAAAAUCAAGAAAAUAUUUUAAAAAAAACAAAGAUGCAUGAAUAUUUUCAGGUAACACUAGCCUUAAAUUUAAAUAGUUCACAAAUGUCAUGUAAUAGAGCAAAUGAAUUAUUUUGUCAAUGAAGUUUGCUAUUUAGGAGCAUAUAUCUGUGCCUAUACUAUAAUGAAUGUCCUAUGAAGAUAUUCUGAAGUAUUUAAGAAAAGUAGCAUUUAUUUAGGAGUCUCAACAUUCCCAUUCAUUACUUUUAACAUAUAAACAUAAGACCACAUACUGUAACAUACUAAAAAAAGGGAAACUUAACCUCAGCUUAAAUUAUUUAUAUAAAAUAAUCAGGAUUUCCUUAAUUGUAGGGGAGAUGUAGUUUUUUGCCGCUCUCCAAAAAACCCCAGAGCCAUUAUUUGCAAGCGUCUUGUAGCAAUGGAAGGGGAUUGUGUUUUCAAUGGUGAGAAAGGAUUUGAAGAAUAUGUAAGUUAUUUCAGAUUUUUUUUGUUUGAAAGAAAACCAUCAAAAAGACUAACUUCAUCAAAUAAAUUAAAUUUUCUGAUUUUUAAAUGAAAAUUGUGUAAAAAUAGGCUCUACGAGUGUCUUAGUUUUUGUUUUAAAUUAACCUUUCUUUAAUUAACUUAAAUUUCAUGUACCUUAGGUUGACAAAGGCCAAAUCUGGUUGGAAGGGGAUAACAAGGAUUACAGCAUUGAUUCACGUACUUAUGGGCCUAUUCCAUAUGGAUUGCUAAUUAGCAAAGUUACCUUGCGGGUAAGUUAUUUCAUCAUACCAAAAUUACUGUAGGGGAUAUUGUUGAAUUCAAUGUAAGUUUUUAAUCAUUGACCCAGAUUUAUGAUCUGAAUAUAAUUCUGCAAUGAAUUUUCAAUCAACGUUUAACUCUCUUGGUCACUUAGAACCAACAAGAUUGAAGUAAAUGGUUAAAUGGUAAGUUUUUAUAAAAUAAAAGUUAAUCUGGCUGUUUCCCCCACAGAAAAAUCCUCUGGGUAUAAAAAGAGCAAUCAUUAAAUUGUGUCAACUCAGAAUCACUCAGAUCAAAUAAGUUGAUAGAUAGCAUUGUACAUCACAUAUCUGGCUUGUGAAGGUGACUUAACAUUGGCCACAUUUCCAAAAUAAAUAAAUUAUAAAAAUAACAAAGAUGUACCAGAAAAGUGUCUCAAAAUUAAUUUAGAGUUAAAGAGUAAAUUUAUUUAAAAUUCUUUAACUUUCAAUCAUGGCCAAAUAUAAUUUAUUAAAGCUUAUCCAGUUGCAUUGCUGGCAUUUCUUGAUAAAAUUAACUAAUGUUAAAAACAUUCACAUUAUCUCGUAAUUAAAAUUUAUGACAGAUAAAUAAUACAGAUCAAUCAAAGUCGAAGAUAACAAAGGACUCUUAACUUCUAACAUUUUAGCAAAUAAAGGGGAAAAAAAUACCUUGGUUAUUAUGUUUGAAAUCUUUUUUAAUCAAGCUCUAUAUGGAUGGCAAAAAAUAAAGGGGGGGGAAUGAAUAGGAGAUGUUUAAACUGAUGGAAAAAGUGUUUUUUCUCCUUUAAAGCAUGUACGUAUUUAUCUCAUGCAUAAAUAUUUUGUCCAUGUUUCAGCUUUGGCCACCUAAAAGAUUUGGCUUUAUUGAACUUCCUGAACAGCUUAAGAAGCCUUGCUCAACAUGAUGGUUUUCAAGCACUUCAAAAUGAAGCCAUUUGAGAGGCUUUCUUAAAACAAUUUAAAAUAACACCCAAGACCAACGAUUUUAAAAAUAAAACAAUGUUUUUACAUGUGUUAAAAGAGGAUAACUUUUUUCCAACAGUUGUUAGCUGCUCCACUUGUGUGUUAUUAUUUUUAUAUAUCAUACAAAUGAGAUUCGGAUGAGCUCAGGUGAUGUCACUUUGAUACAAGUUAAAAUAAUUUUACUUUCAUUACAAUAAUUUGUAUUUUCGGUUUCAUUUCUUAAGUCCUACAUAAUUAAUAUUCAAGUUUUAUUUUUUUAAAUAUGAUUUAUAUAUUAAUUUCAAAGGGAUUUCCUCUAAAAAUGUAUUCAUGACAUGUUCUGUAUUUUUUUUAAUAGAGAUACUAUUAGAUUUCUGAAUAUCAGAUCUAUAACCAUAGUUGUAUCCAUCUUUUCCCUUUAAAUUUAAAUAAAUGAGUAUAUUAUGGGAGUUCCAGGGUAACCAGGUCUGCUAGUGGAUCAUUCAAUAUUUACAGGAAUAAUGCUUGAGGGAGUAAGAAAAUUGAAGGAUUGUCUGAACUCAUUUUGGAAAAUAUAAAGUAUGUACUUUUUCCACUACUCUCUUCAUAUUGCCUAUAAAUUAUAAAUUUGUUGGGUGUAUAAGCAGAUGCUAGUUUUAAUCUUAUUUCUUAAAUUUUUGCCCUUAAUAGUAACUAAGAGUGUUACAGUUGGAUUAAAGUUGAGUAGCUUCUAAUUGAUAAAUUAAAAGAUUUCUUAUUAUAUAAGUAUGAGUUUUAAUUUAGAGUUAUGGCUGCAGUCUCCUUUCAUUUUAUUAAUAAUUUUACAACCUUUUAUCCCUCCCAUUUUGAUGCAUAUUUAGAGCUGAAGUUGAUGCCUAAUUUAAUUGAAGUACUGUUGAUGAAAUAAUAAAAGUGCCUCCAAUGAGCUACUUUAUGCUGAACAUGUUACAUUUUAAGUUCCUUUAAUAUGUGUGAUUUGUACUUUCUCAACUGUGAAUUUAAGUUCUUUAACCCACUGCAUUACCAUAACUGCUUGAUAUAUCAAAUAUCAUUUGCUGCUAGUCAGUUUAAUUGAAAUGAACUAAUGAAAAGUUUUUGCAUUUCGAUAGGCGCAACUCACAAAAAAAAAUUUACUAGACGUUUUAAAUACUUUUAAACUUAAUUAGGUUUAACAGUUUCUACUUCAGAGAUUGAGCAAAUAUUUUUAUCACUCAUUAAAUAGCACUAAACAGAAAGCAACAAAUAUCCUUUGUAAUAUCUUCACUAUUCUGUAAAUAGGAUGGAUGUAGAUAGUUUUUUUAUGAUGCUGUAGAUAUUUUUUCCAAGCACAAGAGUGUAUAUAUUUCAUUCUGUUUUGUUGUGUUUAUAAAAAAAGAUAAAGAUUUUUAUUAAAGUUAAAUUUGUUUCUGGUCUUUGUUAAGUUACUGUCAAUAAUGGAAUCAAUGUUUCAUUAUAAAAAUAUUUAUAUUUAGCUUUUGUUUAAAAAUUUACACAAAAAACUUGAUAUGCCUAGCUUGAAGACACAUUUUCUGUUCAAGCCAAAAGGUGUAGAGAGAAUUGAGUUCUAAAGGGGGAGAUAUAUUAGAAAAUGUAUUAUCUAUUGUUCUUUUUAAAUAACUUAUGUUAACUUUGCUAUGAUUAGUGGAUGGCAGGCUGGCAAAAUAUUCGGAAGGCUAACUGACCCAUUUCCAGUCAACCUAUCCAGCUGAAACUUUGCAUAUCUACUCGUUGCAAAUGACCACAUUCUUUCAAAUAUUCAGUCACAACCCCCAAAAAAUUUGUUUUUCAAGAGGACCAUGAAGGAAAAUUCCCAAUUAACUGCGUUAAGUGAGAUUCUUUUUUUUUAAAAACACAGCAAAUGCGUUUUUCUGAAAUAGUUGGUGACAUAAAUCUGUGGUUUAAAAGCGGGUGGGUCAUUAGAAAAUUAAUAUAUAGCUCAGGGGCAUGGAAAAAAUUUGCGGUUGCGAGCCUUGGGGGUUGGAGCACCAAUUGGGAUUAAUUAAAAUGGGUUUCUUGUAUGCAUGUUUUGUCGAAUUUUCAGUCCCAUCCCUCAUUGUUCCAUUUUACAUUUUUUUAAAGAUUCAUGUGAAAAACUAUGUUUUUAUGGGUUGCUUAAUCUUCCUCGACUUCAGUACAAAUAUUAGGCCUUUAAGUUGAUUGUU